AUGGCCGAUCAGCUUAAUGAAUACGCGAAAGAAGCUACCAAGCAGUGGAAUGCAUCUGCAGGAAAUGUUUCACCCAAGAAACCCCAAAGCGCCAGUCAAAGCAAUCAAUCUGCCGUGCAAUCGAAGUCAACAGCAUUGAUGAAGCUUGAACCAGACGUCUUAUUCACAGACACAAUGGGAAUGGAAACAAUAAUGUUAAAGGUUGGACCGUCUGAUGAUAUACACGGCAAUAUGGUUUUUUCCAUCCACAACAACUUGUUAAUCGCUUCUUCUCGUCGAUUCGCAAAGAUGUUGAGAACAGGUGGUACUUUGGAUCGUAAUCAAAUGUAUUCCAUCCACGAUACAAGUCCUGCUAUCUUCAAAUACUUUAAUGAGUAUCUCUACACUCGUCGCAUUCCCGUCGUCAGUCACCGCAUGUCUAAAGCUGAGCAAGGAACUCGAAUCUUGGAGCUUUGUCAACUCUAUGUUUUCGCGGAAAUGUUUGAGAUGGACAACACUUUUCUCAACAAGAUCAUUGAUACAAUUCAAGAUGGUCUUGCUGUUGGUUCUACCCUUUUGACAUUUAGUUUGGUGAGAAACAUUCUUGAACACUCUCAGCCAGAGUCUCCACUUCGCAAGUUCUGCGCCGCAAAUGCUCUUUAUUCUGCCAUGGUACCAGGUCUCGACACAACUGGAUUUCAGUGGUUGAUAAAGAACAGUGAUGAGUUCUUUGCCGAAUUCAUGAAGAUGCUCAUUAAGCUCACCAAGGGCACCGAUCCUCGUAUUCGCGAUGCCAAGCAAGAAUAUGCGAAGGAAACCAAGAUAAAGGAAGAGGAAUUGGAGAACGGAGGAGUUGCUGUUGAUGGUAUUCCUGUUGCUGUUCCUGUUGUUGGUCCAGGUGUUCAUCCAUGCCAAUUCCAUAUUCAUGGUCGAUCAGGAUCUGGUUCAGGAGCCGCUAAUGGUACUGAGGAUGACGAGAUCUGCUACUUAUUGGCUGAUCUAGAAGUUUAG